AAUAAACUGCUCUAUAUACAUAUACCAAUAUAGUUGAUUAAAUAAAACUGAUAUAUAUAUUCGAAAAAAUUCGAAAAAACGGCAAAUAUAGAACUAUCAUAUAUAUAUAUUAAAACGUGUUAUACUAUUUACGCUGAGGGAAUGGGAAUUAUUAAACCCAACAAAUAAUAUAAACGACGGAUGCAACAAAAAAAUUCAAAUAAAGUGAAUUUUCAUCCCGUAUUUAACUACUGUACCUCGAAAUCCCGACGUCUUAUUAUCAUGUUCAGAAAUCUUUGCCUUAUGACGUAUACUUGUUGUUUGAUGAUGUAUGAUUGGCAGGAAGCGUUUUUUCAGAAUCUAUGAUAAUAUCGCACAUGAUCGUGGUGGUACUAACGAUCAAAAUACUUCGUGACCUCGAGCAGUACCAUAAAUAUUUCACAUCAGAAUGAAAGCAUUGUUUUUAAAAACAAAAGAUUGAUGACAUAGCACACUGAAAAUGGUGUACUUUUUAUAAGAUUGGUAACAGCAGUUAGUCACUUAUCAGAUUGUGAAUAGUAGCCUAAUAAUUCAAAUAACGAAUAUCAUUUCAAUAAUUAUCAGAGAGUUUUCUAUUGCUAAAGAACACAAAAUUUAAUCUACUUUGUAGUUUUUUAAAUAUUUAUCUUAUAAAUCGCUGCGUGAAUAUGUUUCCGUUUACAAUUUUGUUAUUGACUUUUUCUUCAACCUGGUUGUCAACAUGCUGUAUGAAGCUAUCGGACGCUCAAAAAAAAUGCUACGUGAAUUCAACCUACUACGAAGAAGGGGAAACGUUCGGCCACACAUUCAAAGGAUCGCCAUGUAAAUUUGAAUGCACAUGUGUAAUUCGAAAAAUUAAAAAUCUCUGGAUUCCUACAGGGGCAUGUGUUCACAGAUGUCCUCCAAUGAGUUAUCCACCUGGAUGCGAACCCGUUUCAGACGAAUGUUGUGCAAGGUCUUAUAUAUGUCCCGAUGGAGAGAAGUGUCAAGAUAAAGAGACUGGUAUGAUGUAUGCCAUUGGUGAAACCUGGGAACGAACAACAACGGAUUCAUCAUGUGAGUGUACAUGUUUUGGGGAAAGAGUUGGAAGACAUCAAUGCAAAUGUAUCAAAACUAUUCCAAUAAAUUUUAUGGAAGAGGAGUAUAAAGUAGAACCAACUAAAAUACCUUGCGAAGAAGAUGAUUCGCAAUCUUGCUCGGCAUGCCCUUUGGGAAUGACAACUUGUCCAAUUCGCGGAAAAUGUGAAAGAUGGCCCUACAUGUUUGAAGGAAUUAGUAUGGAAUGCACUUGUUAUGGACCAGAAGGAACUCGAUGUGCUUCCAGAAGGGAAGAAGAUAGACGUAGGGACAAAGAGGGCGAAGUUGAACAAUUUGUAGAGGAAGGAAAAAAUCGUAGAAAGAGAUCGCAGUCAGUGCCCAGUGUUAUAGAAUUGUAUAUAUACGAAGACCAAAGUAAAACCGUCGAACCAUCUUAUACAAGAAUAAACAAAGAUGCAAGAACGUUUCCAGACGAGAACUAAGAAUUGUAAUAGAAUAAAGAGUUUAUAGCUUUGUGAUCAAAUGCGAAUUUUGAUAAUACAAAUGUUUUUCAAAUUUUGUUUUAUACGUGUUGUUGAUACAAAUAUUUUCUUGUUUGCUUUUAUAAUAGUGUAUGUUAAACUAUCAGUGUUGAGUCCAAGUUUUUUACUUUGCAAAAUAUAUCGUUUUUCUGGUAA